GCCCGGUGCCCCCUCCCCCGCCCUGGAUUCCACUUCCCCUCCGCUCGCGCCACAGCGGCCACCUCCAGGCCCCGCGUCGCCUCCGGAGCCGAUGGCCGGGACGCGCUGGGUGCUAGGGGCGUUGCUCCGGGGUUGCGGCUGCAACUGCAGCAGCUGCCGGCGGACCGGCGCCGCCUGCCUGCCCUUCUACUCCGCCGCCGGCACCUUCCCGUCGGGCGUCUCUGGCCGCCGCCGCCUGCUGCUACUCCUCGGGGCCGCCGCGGCCGCCGCUUCGCAGACGCGGGGCCUGCAGCUUGGGCCUGCGGCCGCCGGGAGGCUGGCGGGUCCCGUCCCUGCCCGUCCCUCCGCCGCCGCGUCCGCCGCCGCGUCCUACUCGGCCCUGCGCGCCCCGCUGCUUCCGCGAUCGCUGACGGCCGCCGCGGGCCCGGCGCGGGGUUACAGUCAGGAGUCCAAAACUACCUACCUGGAAGACCUCCCGCCACUGCCUGAGUACGAAUUGAGCCCCUCCAAGCUAGGAGAUGAAGUGGAUGAUGUUUAUCUCAUUCGCGCGCAGGGGCUGCCGUGGUCCUGCACUGUGGAAGAUGUCCUUAACUUUUUCUCAGACUGCAGAAUCCGAAACAGUGAGAAUGGAAUACAUUUCCUCCUAAAUAGAGAUGGGAAACGGAGGGGCGAUGCCUUAAUAGAGAUGGAGUCCGAGCAGGAUGUACAGAAGGCCUUAGAAAAGCACCGGAUGUACAUGGGGCAGCGGUAUGUGGAAGUGUAUGAAAUAAACAAUGAAGAUGUGGAUGCCUUAAUGAAGAGCCUGCAGGUCAAGCCUUCACCUGUGCUCAGUGAUGGUGUGGUCCGCCUGAGAGGACUUCCUUACAGCUGCAAUGAAAAGGACAUUGUGGACUUCUUUGCAGGACUGAACAUAGUAGACAUUACUUUUGUGAUGGACUAUAGAGGGAGAAGAAAAACAGGGGAAGCCUAUGUACAGUUUGAAGAACCAGAAAUGGCCAACCAAGCGCUUCUAAAGCACAGGGAAGAAAUUGGUAACCGAUACAUAGAGAUAUUUCCAAGCAGAAGGAAUGAAGUUCGAACACAUGUUGGAUCUCAUAAAGGAAAGAAAAUGACAUCGUCUCCUCCUACUAAGUAUAUAACUGAACCAGAAGUGGUAUUUGAGGAACAUGAAGUAAAUGAAGAUAUUCGGCCUAUGACGGCUUUUGAAAGUGAUAAAGAGAUAGAAUUGCCUAAGGAGAUGUCAGAAAAACUUCCAGAGGCUGUCGAUUUUGGAACUCUGCCUUCCCUGCAUUUUGUCCACAUGAGAGGAUUGCCUUUCCAAGCCAAUGCCCAAGACAUUAUAAAUUUCUUUGCUCCACUGAAGCCUGUGAGAAUCACCAUGGAAUACAGCUCCAGCGGGAAGGCCACUGGAGAAGCUGACGUGCACUUUGAUACCCAUGAGGAUGCUGUUGCAGCCAUGCUCAAGGAUCGGUCCCAUGUCCAACAUAGGUAUAUUGAGCUGUUCCUAAAUUCAUGUCCUAAAGGAAAAUAAGACUUCAACAGACCCCAGAAAAUAAGGAUGAAGCAGGAAGCAUCUCAUUUGCACAUCUCUCUGAGACAUGGGAUAAAAAGAUCAGUUGAUUGGCAGCAACUGCUGGAGAAAGGAUCUGUGCAUCUUAGUGCUGUGUUUAGACAGAGAAAGAUUCGGUUUGGGAUUAUGAAAUAAGCUACAAAUUUAAAAUUCUGUUUAAACAGUCCAGGUUGAGAUUGAGAAACUCUGCUCUGUGUGACUUAGUUUUCUGUCCUGAGGCUAUAUUACAGAUGUAAGGUGUUUCCACCCAGUGCCGCUCCUUAGAUCCUUACUCCCGCUUGUUGUUGCCUGUGAUUGAGAGCUCUGAUACAAACUCAUGGAAUACAUUCAUGGUGUAUUUUUACCAAACACUCACCAAAGCAACAGAAGGUUUCAGAACUUUAAUAAGCCAGUCUGAUUUGGUCAAAUAGCUUUUCAUUUUAUCUGUAUUUGAUUAUUUAGGGAUAGAAGUUUUAAAAAAAUAGCAAACCACAGGUUAGUGAAUGUAAGUGGCCACUCGGCAGUUACGUCUUUAGAAACACUUUGCCUCCCUAAGCCUUGACCUGAAGGCAUUUGGCAUUGGUGCCUGUCUGUCAGUGUCAUGGAAAUCUAGGCGUCCUUCACUUUUUUUUUCUUGGACAGACAAUUCUUAAGGCUAUUAGGUUUGAAAUCGUAAUGUGACAUAUCAAAGCAGUCCAGACUGGUAAGGACAUUAAUAGCUUCACUUGAACCAGCUCUAGAUAGGGAAAACAAUCUAAGUCCCCUUGUUUGCUUUUCCAGUGGGGUAGCCAUCCCAUAUUUAGAACAAGUAGGGGUGCCUUGCUUAAAUCAAACUAGCAUUUAAUGUAUAAUUGUGUGAAGGAUCUGUGGAUAAAGCUGUAUUUCUGUCACAUUGUGGCAGCACCUUUGCUUUAAUACUAAAUAGCUUGUUAUUUAAAUAUUGGACAAAAUGGCUGGCUUCAAAAAUAGUCAUUAAUAAACUUAACUUUAUGUAUACCUGUGUAGAAGAAUCAAAGUUCUGUAUAUUUUCUUUACCUUGUUCCUAUUCUCAGGGUGACAGCUACCACCAGGAGACAGUAAAUCUCACUCUUCAGAUUGAAUUUUCUGAGCUUUCAGAGGUGGUGACCUGGAAGAGACGCGCAUUGCUUAGCACAUAGCCACAUGUGAUUACCAGCUAAGGGGCAAAAUUACUGUCCUGUAGACAAUAAAUGAAAGUUUGUUUUAA